CGUAUCUGCGCUAUACACGCAGCACACUGAUCUUCCUACACCGCCAAGCCUCCCCAAACCUAGAUACCGGUGUUGCCUACCUUCUACUACCUCGGUCGGUCACCCGCGCAAUCUACUCCGCACCGCUUCGAAGCACCGAGCUUCGCGCCUCGAAUCGCCCGCGCCGUACCUAGUCUUCCCGCUGUACACACACACACAUACCCAUUUACAAGAUGGCGUCAAGGAAGAAGGUCCUCCUCAAGGUCAUUAUCCUCGGAGACAGCGGGGUCGGCAAGACGAGCUUGAUGAACCAAUAUGUCAAUAAGAAGUUUAGCGCCAGCUACAAAGCCACCAUCGGUGCCGAUUUCCUGACCAAGGAAGUACUGGUCGACGACAGGCUGGUAACCAUGCAGCUCUGGGACACUGCCGGUCAGGAGCGUUUCCAAUCGCUUGGUGUUGCCUUCUACCGCGGCGCCGACUGCUGCGUGCUCGUAUACGAUGUGAACAACUCAAAGAGUUUCGACACUCUAGACAGCUGGAGGGACGAAUUCCUCGUUCAGGCUAGCCCAAUGGAUCCAGAGAGUUUUCCAUUUGUCGUAAUUGGCAACAAGAUCGACGUGGAGGAAAGCAAAAGGAUGAUCUCAUCUAAACGCGCCAUGACGUUCUGCCAAUCGAAAGGCGGUAUCCCCUACUUCGAGACCAGUGCUAAAGAGGCCAUCAACGUUGAGCAAGCUUUCGAAGUUAUCGCACGACAAGCCCUAGCACAGGAGGACGUAGGUGACUUCAGCAACGACUUCCCCGAGACAAUUCCGAUCGACCUCAAGGGCAACGAAGGCGGCUGCGCAUGCUAGUGUAUGCCAUUACGAAAUAAGCGUUGUUCAUGAGAGCCGACAGUGGACCCCCAUCUGCCGCAAUGCCGUCUUGCAUCUGGAGUUCGCAUGGAGUUUGGUGUUGGACAUGCUUUCUGUGCAGGAGCAUCUCGUUUUCCUGUAAAUCAUCAUCAAAUAUGGGUUUAUCGUUGCCUGUUCAUAUAGCAGCCUACCAAUAUACAAUGUAUUCAUG